AUGUCUAAUCUCAGAGGCCGCCCUUCCAAGCGUCCAAAGCUUAUUCGACACGGAGGUCAUAGUGCCUCCGCUGAGCUUCAUACGCGCCAUCUCAGCUUUGCCCUAAGAUCCGAUGGUGGAUUCGGCCUCCGAACGUCUUAUCUUCCUGCUCCAGCACCUGCCGUAGAACCUGCAGAAGCACCAUCUCACGAUGACCCAAUCCUCCUUUGGCUAAAUGAACGUGAAACUUACUUGAACGAGCUUCUAUACCUGGAGGGUCGGGGAAAAAAUGACCAUGAAGCAUGUUCUUGCGGGAAACCUUCGCCCUCUUUCAGAUGUCAAGAUUGCUUUUCAACGGAGCUAUUUUGCCAUGAGUGUGUUUUGUCAUUGCAUGCCAGUGCACCACUCCAUAGAAUCGAGGAGUGGAAAGAUAGUUUUUUUCACACCACAUCGCUCAAACAUCUCAGUUUCCGCAUUCAGCUAGGUCACAAGCCAGGGGAAUCUUGUCGUCGCCCACGCCCCGCCUAUGACAAUGAUUUCGUUAUCAUCGACGUUCACGGUAUACAUGAAGUCAGCCUUGACUUCUGUAACUGCGAGCACGAAGCCCCGCAUUUCAAGCAGCUCCUUUGUGCCCGGCUUUUUCCUGCAACGGUUACGGAUCCUCGAACGGCUGCGACAUUUAGCGUGCUGGAUCUCUUCCACUUGUUAUCUUUUGAGUCUAAGGUCUCUGCGUAUGAAUUCUAUCACAGCCUUGCACGGAGGACGGAUAAUACUGGCAUACGGCCAAUUCGAGAUCGAUAUUCUGUCUUUCUAAGAAUCAUGCGCGAAUGGAGGAACCUCAAUGCACUCAAGCGUGCUGGCCGUGGGCACGACCCUGCUGGCCGUGGGCACGACCCUGCUGGCCGUGGGCACGACCCUGCUGGCCGUGGGCACGACCCUGCUGGCCGUGGGCACGACCCUGCUGGUGUGGAUGCUACUCAAGAAGGAGAACUCACUGUUUUAUGUCCUGCGUGUCCCCACCCAGGCAUAAACUUGCCCCCAAAUUGGGAAACUUCAGAUCGGCAAUGGCUCUACGCAGGUUUCUUUGCAAUUGACGCCAAUUUCCGUCUCAAGCGCCGGCUUGUCUCCUCCGAUGCCAAAGAUCCAGGGCUCACACGUGGUUGGGGUUAUUUUGUUGAAGAACACCAGUACAAGACUUACUUGGCUGAGAACUCAGGCGCUGUUCAAGAGAAAAGCACUUGCGUUAGUCACAACGCCGUCAACAUGGCUGAUACCAAGGCUUCGAAGGGUCUGGCUGCAACCGGUGUCGGGACAAUUGAUUGUGCCCGACAUGAUAUGAAAUUGCCCAAUGGUGUGGGCGAUCUUCAAAAGGGUGAAAAAUACCUGAAUAUGGACUAUAUUGUAUUUUCAGCCCUCACCAGGUUCCCUCAUCUCACUAAUGUCAAUCUAUCGUACGAUAUCGCCUGCCAGUGGCACAAGAAGCUUCAGGGCCGCAUUCCUGGACUACCCAUCAGGCUCCAACCUGGUGAACAGCGGGACCCGCUCUUAGAGAUAUCCAGCACAUCUGCAAAAAAGAUGUUCAACUUCUUCGUGCCUAAAUUCCAUCUUGCAGCUCACAUUGAGGCUUGUCAGACUGCGUUUUCAUUUAACUGGACUCCGGGCGAGAUGGGCCCUGGCUCCCGCCGCGAGAUUUUGGAUGACUUCUUUGGAGAUUCAAACUGGAAAAAGAUCACUGCUCUAGGCAGAAUUAUGUCGAAUAAACUUAAGGAAGUGGUCAAGGCAACGCAAGAACACAAGCUUGCAUUCGAAGAGCUUGAGAAUUCUAUUACAGAGUCUGACUUGGGUGUCUCGUCACUAGCAACAUGGAAAGCUGAGAUAGAGGCUUGGGAGACCAACCACACUAAGCCAAAUCCUUUUGAACACCGAGUCGACACUAUGACACUUGCAGCUGUAUGCCUCAAACUCGUGCAACGAGAUGCCAGGGAGUUGGAAGAAGGGACCACAAUUUCCCUUCAUGCAGAGUUAUCUUGUAGCAUGCUUAUUAGUACAGGUAUCGAUCUCGAACAUGCGCAGCGUCGUUUACGCGCAGAUACUGCUUCACUGGGUCGGCAUGCAACAGACACCCAACGCACAAAGAUUCUCACCCGUAGCAGUGUACUGCAGCACUGCAUCGAUGUUUGGACCGGCAUUCAAACUUUAUAUAUGCCCUCAGUUGCCAACUUACGUGCAACGGGCUUCACCAACUCCAGGAGUGACGAUAACGAUGACAGCAGUUGCCCGAGGCCAAACUUUGACUCGGGGAAGGCAGAAGACGUUCAACUCUUGUUACCUUCUGAGAUGUGCAGUCUGGUGCCGUGCGAUCAAAAGCUCCUCGAGGCUGAAUGGUCUCUCCGCAUGGCACAAGCCCAUGAUGCACUCAAUGAGUGCCGUUCUCAUAUCCGCCUCCAUUGUCAACUCAUGCAAUUCAAGCAACAACAUAUCCGCGGGCAAGGUGCAAAUACUCGAGCGAAGAAGACACUGGACGCUGUGGAAGACCAUCUUAUCAUUAGUCACGCCAAGUAUGUGUGUGCGUGCAAGGCGCUCGUAGCUCUCUCAGAUCAUGUCGACCAUAUUGGCUGGGAACGGAAGCUGCAGCCACUCAAGAAGUCCCAUCUCCGGCCCAUACGGGAUUUCACAGGACAGUCGCAAGGGACUGCAAUCAUGUCUUGGAUCUGGUUGACGUACGGGAUGUCGGAUGACGAUAGCGAAGGCUUGCAGGAUUCGCUUCGCAUUGAAUGGUGUAAAGCCAGGGCGCGUCGUGAUAGGUGGGGCGAAGAAAUUCAGCUUUUGCUGGAAGAGAUGCAACAUAUUCUGCUCUUUCUCGACUGGCAAGCACGUCAAUGGGACGAGCGCACAGGUGCACGAGUACCACAAAGACCUGAAGACGUCGAGGGUGUGGUCGCAUAUGCUAAGAAACAGGUGUUUAUCUGGCGCAGCCUAUCUGAAUCGUUCAAGGAGAAAUGGAGGCAGGUUCCAGUAUCGAUGGCUUUGGGUGAUGAUGUAGAUGACGGAGAGGUAUAUUUAUAUUCGCUAUUUGUACCUUUGUACCUUGAUAUGAACACUUUGUUUGGCGCAAUGACUUCGUUUGAUGCGGUCCCUGAGCUUCCCUGA